UGAAAAUUGACAUUUUUUAAAAUAGUAUCAUUUUCGUAUUUAAUUUUAUUGCGCGAAUUUAGAAUUAAAUUUUUGCUCAAGAUUAUAUAAAAACAUAUUUUGAAAUUUCUAUUUUUAGUUAUAAUGGGAGAUUUUAUUCAGGGUUCCGAUAUUUUUAAAAAAAUUGGCCUUGACGAGUCGAAUCAGUGGGUUGUUUAUGAUGAAUCUUAUCAGAUAUUUUUUUCUUGGUUUACUGCUUCUGUUAAAAACAACAAUACUCUUACCGAAUUAGAAAUACUUGAAAUGAAUGACUUGAGGAAAGAUGGUGAAUAUAUUCAAGGAAGUGAAUUGGAUAACAAAAUGUCUGAGCUUGUUAAAUCGUACCCAAAUAUCCUAAAUUAUGAGGACGUAGAUGCACUGAAUUUCAAAAUAGAGUUGCAGAGUAAAAAGGAAAUUUAUGAUAUGUUUUACGAUUUGAGCCAAGAUAUUGAGAAAACUAAGUGUGCUUUAAACAGACGGGUAAGUAAUGCAGAAAUAAAAAUUCAAGAAAUUUCGAGCCAGGAAGAUCUUUUGUAUAAAAACUGUUUGCAAAAAGCCAGGAAAUUACAAGAACUCCAAAAAGAAAAUAGAAAAUAUUGUCUUGAAUUAAACGAAUGUAUUGCUAAAUUGAAUUCGCCACCGCUUUUUACACAUCAAUUCCCGCUAGAACAGUAUCUAUUGAAAUGUGACUCUUUUAUGCAAUAUUUCUCACUUUAUCUCCAGGAAAAUUUUACAUUUCAGAACUUUUCGGAUACAGACAGAUAUGAACCUUUUUGUGAUGCAAGUUCUUUGGAAAAAUUAAAAAAUUUGAUUUAUUCCUAUAAUGAAAAAUGUGUCCUUGCAAAAACAAAACUCAUGGGUCUCCAACAAAUGGUAGAGGAUCAAGAUAGUAGCAAAGUUCAUAUUAUUAAUAUAUCAAAUUUGAAAAAAGAAAUUAAAGAUUUAGAAAAUUUAAAUGGAACUUCAUUUGAUAUCACGUACGAAACUUUAGUAAAUGAUCUUAAAUUGCAUCUACAACAACUUGCACAUCAGCAGAUUGAAUUUGUGCUGUAUCAAAACACAAAAACAAAAAUCGAGAGAGCUGCGAAAAGAUUAGAAAAUAUAAAUUUUGUAUCAAAAAUUAUUUCUAAUGUCUUAAAAAACUCAGAAAUUAUGUGGAUUAUGAUGCAAUUAGAUGGAGAAAAAUUAAAAAAUCGUAUAGACAAUUCAGAUGAUAUAUUAGUUGAGUCCCAGAAUUGUCUUAAUCGUAUAGAUGCAUUAAGGCAUAUUCAAGUUGCUGCCACGUUUAACAUCAACGAAGAGCUGUUUCGAAAAUUAUCACCAUUCGUUGGAAGUUAUAAAAAUUUUAAAAUACCAGAAGGAAUAAUGGAUUUUAUUGAUAAGUUCAACAAAUCCUUGGAAGUAAUUUUAGAAAACAUUUCAAGUGGAGUCCGCUAUAAAGAGUUCACAGAUAUUUUAAAUAGUUUAAAAUCUAGUGAAACCGAUCUUUCAAAAUAUAUUUUUGAUGGACCUACGAAUCGUCCAAUGUUAGAAAACGUUAGUUUGCUUAAAAAAAUAUUUAAAUCGAAAAAUUUUCAAAACAUAUUUCAAAUGUCCCUGCGGAAAUUGCGGUCAGAGUUUCAUGACAAUAUCUCUUUAAUGAAUUCCGAUCGUUUUUUAAAAAAUGCCAGACUUUUAUGGAUAUGGUUUCUGACAGAGCCAAAAAAAGUUAUUGAUGCUUUGGAAGAAAUUAGGAAAGCAGCUCAAAAUGUUUCUAAUUCAACUGGAAUUAAAACAUUAGUUGGAAUAAAGAGACUUAAAGAUUAAAAACAAAACUAGAUUAGUUGUUAUAAAUGGUUUAUUAUUUUUAAGUACUUGUAAGUUAAAUAACGAUUCUACAUUGCAGCAAUAGGUUAUUAACAUGUAAAAUUCAAAACUAAAAAAACUUUUUUGUUUUUAAAUUUAAGCUAGGUACCUCAUCUUUAUAUCUAAAAACGAGUUAUACUUACAGGCUAUGUGGCAAUAGAAAAUAG